AAUGAUUUGGGGAAAAUUCACCGAAGUUGGAACUUGAGCCACAAACCGCCCGGGACAGAGAGAUAGGGAGCUGUCCGAGCGCACACCCCCCACGGAGGCACCCGGUGCUGGGCUGGGAGUCGGCUUACACGGCACAGCGCUGCUCCGGCCAGCCCUGGAAUGGCCGUGAACUUGUUGUUUUUCCACGUCAUUUGCUCUCAAAUGUACUAUCGGGCCUGGCGAUGCUAACCCUGCGGCUGCAGGUCCCUCCUUGUAACAAGCGAUUGUGUGUUCUUCAGAGGUGGCCAAGGGAAGGAGGGGGCCCGGCCGAGGAGGUGGGGGAAAGGGAAACAAACCGCCCCUUUACAGCAAGCUUGCGUGUCCUGGAGCCAGCUCCCCCAAAGCACAUGCCAUUUCUGGCCCUAGAAGGGGUUAAAGGCCUCCUAGAGUCAAAAACAAGCAGGUGUCCCACCGUGCCAGAUACGCCGCCUAAACUGCUUCCAGCUUUUUUUUUCCCCUUCUGCAACAAGUCUGUGAUCAGCCACGGGACAGAGGAGCCAGCAGCCUGCCUGUGACAGGCAUCAGGUUAGCUCGCUCCCACUCGGGUGGCGCGCCCAGGAUAUAAAUCCGGCCUCGGGCCCCUGCUGCGGCUCCUCUCUCUGCACACUCAGGAGAGAGAGUUUCCUUGCAAAGACCUUUCCUUUAUCUGAGGCCGCACAGCCCAGCGGGCCCCGCUGACUUGGUGGAGGCAGCCGCGGCAGCCGCAGCCUUAGCAGCAGCGAGGAAGUCUGCGGGGUGGGGAGGGCAGGUGUCUGCAGCCCUGAGAAGGAGCAGGCCCUGGUGGGCCCCAGCCCCCGGCGUUGUCCCAGGGGAGGUCUCUGGCCGACGCAGACCGCACCAUGUGGGCCCUGGGGUGCCGCCGGUUCUGGUCCCACUGGGGGCAGGUGGCAGCGCUGCUGCUGCUGCUCGGGAUGCCCCCACGAGGCCUGGCCCUGCCGCCCAUCCGCUAUUCCCAUGCUGGCAUCUGCCCCAACGACAUGAACCCCAACCUCUGGGUGGAUGCUCAGAGCACCUGCAAGCAGGAGUGUGAGACGGACCAGGAGUGUGAGACAUAUGAGAAGUGCUGCCCCAACGUGUGUGGGACCAAGAGCUGUGUGGCUGCCCGUUACAUGGACGUGAAAGGGAAGAAGGGCCCGGUGGGCAUGCCCAAGGAGGCCACGUGUGACCACUUCAUGUGUCUGCAGCAGGGCUCUGAGUGUGACAUUUGGGAUGGCCAGCCGGUGUGUAAGUGCAAAGAUCGCUGUGAGAAGGAGCCCAGUUUUACCUGUGCCUCGGAUGGCCUCACCUACUAUAACCGCUGCUACAUGGACGCUGAGGCCUGCUCCAAGGGCAUCACACUGGCCGUGGUCACCUGCCGCUAUCACUUCACCUGGCCCAACACCAGCCCCCCGCCGCCUGAGACCACCGUGCGCCCCACCACGGCCUCCCCGGAGACCCCUGGGCUGGACAUGGUGUCCCCGGCUCUGCUCAACCACCCUGUGCACCAGUCGGUUAGCAUGGGCGAGACGGUGAGCUUCCUCUGCGAUGUGGUGGGCCGGCCCCGGCCCGAGAUCACCUGGGAGAAACAGCUGGAGGAUCGAGAGAACGUGGUCAUGCGGCCCAACCAUGUGCGCGGCAACGUGGUGGUCACCAACAUUGCCCAGCUGGUCAUCUAUAACGCCCAGCCCCAGGACGCUGGCAUCUACACCUGCACAGCCCGGAACGCCGCCGGGGUCCUGCGUGCUGACUUCCCGCUGUCUGUGGUCAGGGGGGGCCCGGCCGCCGCGGAGAACAGCCCCAACGCCACGUCCUUCCCCACAGCCGAGUGCCUGCAGCCCCCUGACAGCGAGGACUGCGGUGAGGAGCAGACCCGCUGGCACUUCGAUGCCCAGGCCAACAACUGCCUCACCUUCACCUUUGGCCACUGCCACCGCAACCGCAACCACUUUGAGACCUACGAGGCCUGCAUGCUGGCCUGCAUGAGCGGGCCCCUGGCCGUGUGCAGCCUGCCCGCCCUGCAGGGGCCCUGCAAGGCCUACGCGCCCCGGUGGGCCUACAACAGCCAGACAGGCCAGUGCCAGUCCUUCGUCUACGGCGGCUGCGAGGGCAACGGCAACAACUUCGAGAGCCGCGAGGCCUGCGAGGAGUCCUGCCCCUUCCCUCGCGGCGACCAGCGCUGCCGGGCCUGCAAGCCGAGGCAGAAGCUUGUGACCAGCUUCUGUCGGAGCGACUUUGUCAUCUUGGGCCGAGUCUCCGAGGUGACCGAGGAGCCCGACUCGGGUCGCGCCCUGGUGACCGUGGACGAGGUUCUAAAGGAUGAGAAGAUGGGCCUCAAGUUCCUGGGCCGGGAGCCGCUGGAGGUCACUCUGCUGCAUGUGGACUGGACCUGCCCCUGCCCCAAUGUGACGGUGGGCGAGACCCCGCUGAUCAUCAUGGGUGAGGUGGACGGCGGCAUGGCCAUGCUGCGGCCCGAAAGCUUCGUGGGGGCAUCGAGCACCCGGCGGGUUAGGAAGCUGCGUGAGGUCAUGCACAAGAAGACCUGUGACGUCCUCAAGGAGUUCCCGGGCUUGCAGUGAAGCCCCCCACCCCUCCCUGACCCCUCCCUGACCCUCUUCCACCUCCCCACCCCUGACACCCCUCAGUCAGCAAACUGGGCAAGGUCAGAUUAGACAGUCUUAGGCCAGCAGGGAAAUAUCACUCAAUGCACCAGAAAAAAGCCACCAGAGGGUCUUAGACCAACUUUGAUUCUUUGGGUUCAAUAAGGGGUCCAUAUCUUUUUUAGCUGAGGGGGACAAAAGGAGAAGUCAGUAGACACCUGCAAGUUAUUCGUGAUGACCAGUCUGCUCAGGCAUUACUAUCCUCUCUUUGCUGGCCACCCUCCUCCUCUGGCUCUCCCAGCCAGGGCUCUAGAGCUGACGGCUGCGUGGUGGUCACAGGAAUAGCUGAGUGAGUUGGUUUGCAAAAGGAAUAGGUGGAGAGAGAAAGGAGGGCCGGGGACUCAUCGGAUAAAUUCCCCACAGCCCCCUAGA